CUCGGGCCAACACUUCAAGGGCGUCUCCGUCAUCCACUAUCAGCGGGCGCACUCUAAGGUUAUCGAACCCGCUCCCUUCCAACACCAUUUGCGACGAAAAUAUUCAUUCGCCCUUUCGACGGACGUUUUUGUUCGAGGUAAUAGUGCAACAGUAUCUUAAAGCCGUCGAGACCCUGACAGGCACCAAGUGCAUCGACCAUGGACGGCGGGCCCAGCAACAGCGCCGCCGAGGACAUUGACCUCUACGCACUCCUCGGCGUGGACAAGUCGGCCAGUCCGAACGAGAUUCGAAAGGCUUAUCGGAAAUUGGCUUUACAACACCACCCUGACAAGGUUCCCGAGGAGCGACGGGUCGAGUCUGAAGCAAAGUUCAAGGCAGUCACGCAAGCAUACGAAAUCCUCCGCGAUGAGGAGAAGCGCCACCUCUACGACACGCACGGCAUGGCCGCCUUUGACUCGUCAAGGGGCGGCCCAGGAGGCGGAGCCGACCUGAACGACAUUCUGUCUCAGAUGUUCGGAUUCAAUGUGGGCGGUAUGCCAGGUGGCAUGCCUGGCGGUGGCCCUCGGGGACCAAGACGGGGUCCCGACGAGGAGCAGCCCUAUAAGGUGACGCUCGAGGAGCUUUACAAGGGCAAGACGGUCAAGUUUGCUGCCGAGAAGCAGGUCAUCUGCGGUCAAUGCAAGGGCUCUGGCGCAAAAGACAAGGUCAAGCCCGAGAGGUGCGAUCGCUGCGGGGGCAUCGGACGCCAGGAGGCAUUCCGACAGAUUGGCCCCGGCCUCGUCACCAGGGAGACGGUCCCCUGUAGUCACUGCCAGGGAUCCGGGACGCACAUCAGGGAGAAGGAUCGCUGCAAAAAGUGCAAGGGAAAGCGAACCGUCAAGGAGACCAAGGCACUGGAGCUCUACAUUCCUCGCGGCUCCAUGCAGGGCGAACGGAUCGUGCUGGAGGGCGAGGCAGAUCAGCUGCCCGAUAGGACCCCUGGCGACCUCAUUUUCCAUCUGAUUGAGGAGCCGCACGAGCAGUUCAACCGCAUUGGGCACGAUCUGUCGGCCGACCUUCACGUCACCCUGGCCGAGGCUCUAACUGGCUUCUCGCGUGUGGUUUUGAAACACCUUGACGGCAGGGGCAUUCACAUCGACCACCCCCGAGGCAAGAUCCUCCGUCCCAAUGAUGUGCUCAAGGUUCCCGGAGAAGGCAUGCCCAUGAAGAGGGGCGAGAUGAAGGGGGACCUCUACCUGAUUGUCAAGAUUGAAUUCCCCGAAGAUGGCUGGCUGAAGAGCGAUAAUGAGUAUGAGGCUCUGCAGAAGCUUCUGCCCCCUCCUGCGCCGCCCAUCAAGGCCGAAGAAGUGGAUGAGGUCGAAUACGAGGAGGAUGCAGAUAUUGAGAAGAUGGGCGCCCAUCAAGGCGAUCCGCGAUACGGCAAUGAAUGGGAAGAUGAAGACGAGGACGAAGGUGGCCCGACGCAGUGUGCCACUCAGUAAGACAACGGAUAGAUCCAUGGUCAUGGUGUCCAGAAGGUCACAAAACGCAAUUCUCAUUGGACGAGGGCUUUGGUGGACAAACAAGCAUGCUUGCAGGCCGGCUGAGGGUUCGGGGCAGGCCUAGCCUGGAAUUCCCGCUGGCCAAAGCCUGCAGAAUGAAGACAUUCCGGUUAUUUCACUCGGAAAACCUGAAGCGGCCGCGGGCGCUUGGAUACCGGAUAUCGACUGGUGUCCUGCAUUCAGCUUUUCUAGUUUUCGGCGGCAGUGGUCAAUGGUGGAUGGGGCAUGGUCACAGCUCACAGAUGGCUUCUGUUAAUAGACGGACAAGAGGAAUCCGCAAUGGUGAAGACUCGGAUCACUUGGUAUUUCGUGCAAUUCCACGGCAUAGACUAGGGCAUGACAUAAUGACCUGAAACCAGUCAUUGAUAGCGAU